UCAACUUAGCGUCGGCGAAAACAGGCUGGGCUGGUUACUUACUUUCAAUCAGACCGUUACUUCCAAAGAAAUGACAUUAAAAAAUACAAAUAUUAAAACAGGUGGCAAGUCUGCCAUUGAUAUAUAUUUUUGUGAAGAAACUGGUGAUGUUUUUAAAAUCACUAUGGUCUACUAUCCAUAUUUUCUAAUAAGAUGUAAACCUGGCUCAGAAGAAGAGAUUUCUAAUUAUUUGAAAUCAAGAUAUAUGGCAAAUAUUCAAGAUAUUGAUAUAAUAAAAAAAUUAGAUUUAAAAAAAACACUAAAAUGUAAAUUAGUAAAUUUUUUUCCUUUUUUAAGUUUCCUUUUAUUUUAUCUAAUACUUUUAAAAAUUUUAAGUGCUGAUAACAACUACAAAGGCAAAGCUAUUCAAUUGACAGAAGAAAUUGUUGAACUUUUUGAAUAUGACAUUCCAUAUGUUCAACGUGUUGCAAUUGAUAAAGGAUUUCGUGCAGGUCAAUGGUACACAGUAAAAUCAUUCCUUGACAAUAAUGAUGAGGGUGUAAUAAUUAAUUUGGAGCAUCGAGCAGACAUUAGCAAUGACGUUGAUCUAAAAAUAUUCUCAUUUGAUAUCGAGACAUCUAAACCUCCGUUAAAAUUUCCAAAUCCAGAAAUUGAUGAAAUUAUGAUGAUAUCAUACAUGGUUGAUGGCGAAGGCUUUUUAAUCACAAAUCGAUGUAUUGUUUCACAAGAUAUUGGUUAUUUAUCAUAUUCACCGUUGAAACAAGAAGAUUAUGAAUUUACUGUUUUUAAUGAGAAAGACGAGGAAUCAUUAUUAAGAAAGUUUUUCUCACAUAUUCAAAAUGAAAAACCUUCUGUGCUUGUUACAUAUAAUGGUGAUAACUUUGACAUGCCUUAUGUCAAAUUACGUGCAUCAAAAUAUGGAAUUGACAUGUUUACAGAAAUCGGAUUUUCUGAGAAUAAAUAUGCUGAAUAUACAUCUGACUAUUGUAUUCAUAUGGAUUGCUUUUACUGGGUAAAAAGAGAUAGUUAUCUUCCUGUUGGAAGUCAAGGCCUUAAGCGAGUGACCGAAUCUAAAUUAGGUUACAAUCCUGAUGAAUUAGACCCGGAAGUUAUGACAAUGUAUAUUUUAUUUUUUUAUUGUUUUUUGAUUGAUCCAUUAAAAUUGGCUCGUUAUUCCAUUUCUGACGUGGUGGCUACGUACAUUCUUUUCAACAAAUAUGUUAGACCAUUCAUCUUUUCUUUAGGAAAUAUUAUCCCUAUGAAUCCAGACGAUGUCUUACGCAAAGGAACAGGAACUCUAUGUGAAGCUUUGUUAAUGGUAAAUGCAUAUAAUACAGGUCUUCUUAUCCCAAAUAAACAUGAGGAGGAAUCUUUAGCAUUUUAUAAAGAUAGUAAAAACCAAGAAAGACUUGUUCAUGAUGAUACUUAUAUUGGUGGUCAUGUUGAAUCAUUGGAAGCCGGUGUAUUCAGAUCAGAUCUACCUGUUAAAUUUGAAAGCCUUGAUCCUCAAGAAUUUCAAAAGCCCAAUUCCAUGAUCGAUGAAGAUGUUUGCAAAGGUUGUGCUUUUAAUCACUCCAAUAAACAAUGUGAUCGAAGAAUGACUUGGUCCUACCGAGUUGAAAUUUUUCCUACGUCAAAUAGUGACUAUUUAACAAUUAGAAAUCAGCUUACUAAAUCUACCUUCAAAAAAAACAAUUCUGAAAAUUUAAACCAAGUUUUCUUGAGUUUACCUAAAUCACAACAGUCAAAAAUCAUUAAAAAGCAACAAGCUAAAUACUGGAAAAAACAAUUUGAUCAAGCAUACAGAGAGAAAGAUUUUAUUAAAGCCUCUGAUGCUAUAAGAAUGAUUAAUUUUAACGAUUCCUUACAAUUGGCUCAUAAAUGCAUUCUAAAUUCAUUUUAUGGCUAUGUGAUGCGUAAAGGGUCACGUUGGUAUUCAAUGGAUAUGGCAGGCGUUGUAUGCAAAACAGGUUCAGAAAUCAUCCAGACAGCUAGAAAAUUAAUUGAAAAGAUUGGCCGACCUUUAGAAUUGGAUACAGAUGGUAUAUGGUGUAUGCUUCCAACACCAUUUCCUGAAAACUUUACUUUCAAAUUAUCAGAUGGAAGUGAUUUUUCCUUUUCAUAUCCUUGUACGCUUCUUAACUAUCUUGUACACGAAAAAUUUACCAACAAGCAAUACCAUAAGAUGUCUACUGUCAACAAAUUUGAAAUAUACAAUGAAAAUAGUAUUUUCUUUGAAGUGGAUGGUCCAUACAGAGCAAUGAUAUUACCAGCAUCCAAAGAAGAAGAUAAACUUUUAAAAAAAAGAUACGCUGUCUUUAAUAGAAACGGAAAACUGCAAGAAUUGAAAGGAUUUGAACUAAAAAGGCGUGGUGAGAUUAGUAUCUUGAAAACUUAUCAAGAAAGUAUUUUUUCUGUAUUUCUAAAAGGAAAAUCGUUAGAAGAAUGCUACGAGUAUGUAGGAAGAGUUUCUGAAGAGUUUCUGAGUAUUAUUACACUUAAGGGUAGGACGCUUUCAGAUGCGGAUUUAAUUGAAUGUAUUAGUGAAAAACGUGGAAUGUCACAAUCUUUACAGGAUUAUGGUACUCAAAAAUCAACAUCAAUCACUACGGCAAAGCGUAUGGCCGAAUUUCUGGGUAAUGAGGUUAUUAAAGAUAAAAAUCUUACUUGUCAUUUUAUCAUAUCUUCUAAGCCAAAAAAUGCACCUAUAAAUGAACGUGCAAUCCCAGUGUCCAUUUUUUCUGCUGAAGAAGAGGUUAAAAGAUACUAUUUAAAAAAAUGGCUUAACGAUCCUGCAAUGCAAACAUUUGAUGUUAGGGAAAUAUUGGAUUGGCCUUAUUAUUUGGAGCGUUUUGGAUCAGCAGUACAAAAGCUUGUUACUAUCCCUGCAUCAAUGCAAGGAGUUAAAAAUCCUGUACCAUCACUUGAACACCCAGAAUGGUUACAAAAAAGAUUGGGCACAAAGGACAAUAAAAAACAAUUACAAAUUGAUCGUAUUUUUUCAAAUUUAAACAGCGAUAAUAUUAGUGACGUACCUGAAAGUAAUGGUACCAAACCUAAAAAUGACGGUUCUAGUAUUGAUGAUAUAGAAGAUUUGUUUAGUACUUCAAAUGCUCAAAAUGCUCAAAAUACUCAUAUUAAGCGAAAGUUGGAUGAUGUUGAUGAUUCUAAUGACCAGUUGAAGAAACAUUGUCAUAUUAUCAAUGGUUCUACCACUAGUAAUAGUUCGGCUAAGACUAAACCAAGCAAGAAAAGUCAAAAAAAGUCAAUAAACAAAAAUCCAAACACAUUAAAGACUUUAUUUAAAAUACAUAAGGAUCAUUUUGAUAUAAUUCAUGUGAGUGAGACUGACCAUGGCAGUUUUAAAUUAUGGGUACUGAUAGCAAACAAUAUGUUUGAUAUUCAUUUGACUGUUCCACGAGUCUUCUAUAUCAAUUCAUACCAAGGGCUUCCUAAUGGGUUUUAUGACUUUAUUGUUAGAAAUGGUGGUGAGUUGAGGAAAACAAAUUGUACAAUACCAAAAUUAUCAACUGAGCGUAACAAUAUGUGGAAGGUCAAAAUACCCGAAGAGAAUUAUCAAAAGAUUCGAAGGAAAAUAGAUGAUCUUCUUGCCAGUCCUUAUGUUGAGGGAGUUUAUGAAACACAAAUAACAUUAUUGGACCGAGCUUUAUUCUAUGUAGGUUGUACGCUUGAGAAAAAAAGAGCAAAUAAGGAUAAUACAUACAAGGAUGCUAUUUCAAAAGGAAUGACGUUGGAUGAUAUUAUAUCUUUACCUGAUAAUAAGCAUGCCAACAACUACCUUAAAGAGGCAAACAAACUUACAUAUAUAGAAAUUUGUUAUGGUGUAGAGAUUAAUCAUCUCAUGGUUUCAGCAUUACUUCGAUUAAAAUCAAGUGAACAUCCAAAAUACGCACUUUCGUAUAGCUCGUUAAUUAAUGAAUUGUAUAAUGAAUGUAGCAGAAAUGAUGAUCCAAAUUCAGAAAAAUUUCUAACAUUAUUUGAGAAAUGGAUAAAUGACAGUGGAUCGAUUUUGUAUGAUUCAGAAAUAAGGUUUUUUAUGAAUAUUCUUUCAAGAGAUAUGAUAAAUGGAUUUGUCAAGGAAAUUAUAAAAUAUGGAAUAGAAAUAAUUCAUUGUGAUUUUAAAAGAUUAGUAUUUUCAACUAAAACUAAUAAUGCAGAUGAAGCAGCAAGAUGUCUUCAGCAUGUAUUAGCUUUGUUGAAAAAGGAUGAGUUUAAAUAUUUAGUGAUCAGAGCAAGUGAAACAUAUUCAGCGCUGAUAUGGUUAAAUGGAGAUAAUUACGUUGGAAUUAAAGGGGCUAAUGAAGAUAAUGAAGCAGACUAUGAUCUGAAUUAUGUUAUAAGAUUGCAAAUGGUAGAGAAAGUAAAUUAUAUUGAGGACAUAACAAAAGAACAUAUUAAAGAAUUUUUGAGAGAUUUUAUAUUUUGGUGUCGUGAUGAUAAAAUAAGUCCAGGUGAAUUAAUGACAAAUACUGGCAACAAAGUGAAUAGUUUUAUUGGAAUACUGAAGAAGAAAAGUGCAACAUUGUAUAUUAGUAUAGUAUGUACACUUUUGGAAAUGGUGGUAGGAAAAGAAAGAUCCCAACAACUAAAAAGUUUAUUAUGUAUUAUGCAAGGAAUGAGCGUUUAUAGCGAUGAUGUAAAAAAUCUUUCUAGUAAAGAAAGUCACGAUGUUAUUGGAUAUGCGUGUGAAUGUGGACAAGUGGAUAAUUAUCAUAUUAAUAAUUUUGAAUGUUCAUAUUGUAAUGAAGAUAUAACCAAUAACAAAGAUUUUGAAUUAUUUUUAAUUCAUUAUUUGAACAUACAACUUGAUGAAUCAUCAAUGACGAAAGGGGAAGAAAUCAUUGAAAAAUUGCAAAAAUUUAAAAAGUUUGCAGAAGAAAAAAAUUAUAAUACUUUGAAAAAUUAUUUAAAUAACAUAAAUAGUUUUCUUUAG